AUGUCUUCCGGAGUUGCUUGGGGGUGUUGUAGCGAAGUGGGUGAUGGUGAAAAAUUUCUUGCUUAUUCGCGCUGUAAAGAAAAGUACCAUCUCUCUUGCGUAGGGGUUGAUGAAAAUUUUUGCACCCCUAAAAGAUGUGCAUCUUGGAAAUGCCCUACCUGUGUUAGCUCGCUGCCAAGAAAAGGUAUAGAUGAAAACACACCUAUUCGUAACGUACCAGCAUCUAGGUGCAAUAAGCGACCCGCCAUAAAUUCACCCCCUGAGAUUAUGCGUACAGACUCCAUCACGCGUGACGACAUCAGCGACAUCGUCCAAAGUAUAAUGCAGAGGAAAUUUGACGAAAUGCUUUCUAAGCUGAACAGCACCCUUUUGGCCGCUCUAAAUGAAAAAUUAAAACCAAUUCAGAAUGAAAUGUUAGAUAUGAUUAAAUCCAUGGAACACAUGAGCGAACAAUUUGAAGACGUAUUACGGGAACAGAAAUCUACUCAAGACUCACUUAUGGAAUUGAAAACCGAAAAUAAGUAUUUGAAAUCUACUGUUGCUGAUCUAACAGGUAGAAUUUGUCAAUUAGAACAACAUUCUCGGGCUAAAAACAUUGAAAUACAAUGCGUACCUGAAAAGAAACACGAAAAUCUAAUUAAUAUCGUUACUGAGAUAGGGAAAGUCGUAAACUGUAAGUUAACAAGCGAGCAAAUCUUAACUUGCACUAGAGUUGCAAAAUUACAACGUGAAACAAAUCGACCACGCUCUAUUGUAGUUGAAUUCGUCUCACCUAGAUUGCGAGAUGGAAUGCUUGCUGCUGUAAUAAAAUAUAACAAAGCUAACUCAGAUGAUAAAUUAAAUAGUGAACGGAUUGGUAUUUCUGGAGUAAAAACGCAGAUCUACGUUGCUGAGCACCUUUCUCCUGCUAACAAAAUGCUUCAUGCUGCUGCGAGAAUUAAGGCUAAGCAGAUGAAUUACAGAUUUACUUGGGUCAGAAACGGCCGUAUAUUUGUGCGCAAAGAUGAAGAGUCGUCCUUUAUCUGGAUAAAAGACAAUAGUUCUUUGGAUAAAAUCAUUUAA